GUCAAUUAAAACUUCAAUUAAAUACUAAAUUGAAAAUAAAUCGUCGAAUUCAGUUUGGAAUAAUAAUGUUGCGAUUUAUCAUACUUUAUCUGUGCACAACUGUGUUAAGCGUGGUGAUUAGCAAUGAACAAUAUAAAACGGUAAAAACAAAAAGUGGUUUAGUAAGAGGCUUGCGGCAAUAUACAAUUUGGCAUGAAAAACCAUUUUACUCUUUUCGGGGAAUACCAUAUGCAAAACCGCCAGUUGGUGAAUUGCGAUUCAAGGCAACUGAACCAGUUGAUCCGUGGUCAAAUAUAAUCGAUGCCUUUGAGUAUCCACCCAGAUGUUCUCAAAGAUAUAAAAGUUCACGUCCAACGAGCGAAAAUUGUCUUUUUCUAAACAUAUUCGUGCCAGAUUUGAAAAGAACGAUAAAUCUAGCGGUAUUGUUAUAUUUUCAUGGUGGAUUUUUCGCUUCUGGAAGUGGUGACGAUAAGGGAUUUGGGCCCGAUUUUAUGAUUGAACAUGAAAUCAUUCUCGUUACAAUGAACUAUCGACUUGGUAUGCUGGGAUUCAUGAACUUGGGUAUUCCAGAUUAUUCGGGAAAUAUGGGAUUGAAGGAUCAGCAAAUGACAUUGGAAUGGAUCUAUAAAAAUAUCGAAGCUUUUGGUGGCGAUAAAAAUAAGAUCACUAUUGGCGGAAGCAGCGCAGGCGGACGAUCUGCUGGUUUUCAUUUGAUAAAUGACGAAUCAUCAAAAUAUUUCAAUCAAAUGCUCAGUAUAAGCGGCACACCAAAUGGAAUUUAUAAUUAUCAAAAGGGCGAUCAUCGAUGUCUGGCGAAGAUUUUUUACGAUAAAUGUACAAGCACAAUUUCAAAUAAAAUGUGGAGAUUGUUUGGUUUGGAAAAGACCAAGGAGCCACCCAGCGACGAGGAAUUGGUUGAUUUUCUUAAAAAUGUUGACGUUGAUAAAAUCACGGAUUUCACUAGACAAACUACCAAUGACCUGUUUUCACCAUGGUCUCCAAUAGUCGAAAAAUCAAAUGCAAAACAUCCGUUUCUGCUGGAAGAUCCAAUGAGUAAAUUACAAAAGACGAAAAUUAACAAAACGGCCUAUUACACGUUCGCUGAAUUUGAGUAUAUAAUUUUAAUACAUUCCAACGCAAGUUAUUCUAAAGAUAUAGGGACAAUUCAUAGAAAUGCUCAUGUUGAAAUCCCAAUUUUCGGACACAGAACUUUGUUUAGGAAGAAACGUUCCUAUCUUGAGGAUGUAUUCAAACGAAUACGUAAAUUUUACUUUAGCAAUGCAUUGACGGACGAAGAAAAGUUAAGACAGCGUCUCAUCAUGGAUUCAGAUUAUUAUUUUGUUUAUUUUAUCGAAAAAUGGGUGGAAAAACAUGUUGCUGUUUCCAAUAAAAAAACCUUUUACCAUCGAUUUUCAGCACACACCAUACUAAAUCCACACAACAUCUUUGAAGGUGCUAGCCACGGUGAUGAGACAUUUUAUUUAUUUCGAUGUCGCGAUUAUAAUGACUUAUACAAAUAUAUAUUCAAUCAAGAUAACAGCAAUACUACGAUUGCUUCUGGAGUGAUGCAUAAUUUGCAAAUGUUGAUUACCAACUUUGUGAAAAAUGGAAAACCACUGAAUAACGGAGAUCCUGAUGAGUACUUUCUCCCAGUUCGUCGUUCGAGCGAAGCUCAUCAAUUUCAUUGUAUCGAUGUGACAAAUGAUGGAAUAGUACAUGGAUUAAUUGGUCCAAAUGGUAAUAGAACUAAAAUACUGGACAAUAUUGUGGAAGAAGUAAAGAUAUUGAUUGAAGAACAUGGAGACACAAUCACCAAAACACCAAUUGAACAGCAGUGUGAUGAAAUAAUUGGUUGGUAAAAGAUGGCACUUAUUUUCUUAAUAAUUAAGUAAAAUAAGUUGAUGCCUGAUUUAAUAUGAUGGAAAAUUAACUAACAAAAUUUUCUUAUAUACUAAUAUUGUAUUGGAGCUCAUAAAUAAAAUCAAAAUUAAAUAA